AUGGCAGUUGGAACAACGCAACUAACUGCUACCACUUUACAAUCGCGAUUCUCCGAGUUGACUCGAUUCUUGUUCAUAGUGCCGUUGAUUUGUUCCGAGUUUUGUGUAGAUCUGUACCGGUCGGAGCAAUCAACGGCGUCGGUCAUGUUAAUCGAUAUAUUAAAAAAGGUCCAAGGCUUAUUGCUGAAAUGGAUGCUUAUAUUGUCUUACCUGGUAUUUAUGAUCAAGUUUGGUGCACAUGCAACAAUUGGAGCAGUGUCCCCGGCCAACCCUCCUUCAUACGGUCCUUUCAUAAACCCCAGUCACCCCCCUAAAAGUUCACAUUUUUCCAUCCAAUUCAAGAAGAGGAGUGAAUGGAAACCUCCAAUUUCUGGCUUUAAAGAUAUUGCUCCUAUUCAUUCUACGGAAGCUGCAGUCCCUUCUGUUUUGGCUCAGCCACCGUUGACCCAUCAUGCUUCCAAUUGUUGUAAACAAGACAUGGUGUUGAAACGAGGCGGUAAGGGUUGCCACUGUGUAUAUCCCAUAAAGCUAGACAUUCUUCUUUUGAAUGUCUCUCAGAAUCCUGAUUGGGAUAAAUUUCUUGAAGAAUUAGCUACUCAGCUAGGGUUGCAAAAUAAUACCCAGAUUGACCUGAUAAACUUUUAUGUGCGCCUAGACCCUGGAUUAGUUGGUGGGUACAAACUUCUCAACAUAAUCUGGUUUGAACCUCCACCUCCGACUCAAGCACCUACUUUAACUGCUUCGCCAGAGAAAGCACCUUUGUAUCAUUCACCUACGGCUACAUUGAGUUCUUCAAAUAAGGGAGGGCAUUCAAAUCUAUUUCUCGUUCUUGGAAUUGCAAUUGGCAUGCUCUUCAUUGCAAUUGUAUCUAUAUUAAUAUUCUGUUUGUGCACAUUGCUGUCAAAGGAAAAAACACCCCCCAUUGAAACUGAAAAGCCAAGGAUAGAGAGUGCUGUUUCUGCUGGGGGUUCUAUUCCCCACCCAACCAGUACACGAUUUAUUGCUUUUGAAGAACUUAAAGAAGCCACAAACAAUUUUGAACCUGCAAGUGUACUUGGAGAAGGAGGGUUUGGUAAGGUUUUUAAAGGUAUCUUAAGUGAUGGUACUUCUGUUGCAAUUAAGAGGCUUACAAAUGGAGGGCAACAGGGUGACAAAGAGUUUUUGGCCGAGGUUGAAAUGCUUAGUCGGUUGCAUCAUCGUAACCUUGUAAAACUAGUGGGAUACUAUAGUAAUCGCGAGUCAUCACAAAAUCUACUUUGCUAUGAGCUUGUCCCUAAUGGAAGCUUGGAGGCUUGGCUUCAUGGUCCCAUGGGAAUAAACUGUCCUUUAGAUUGGGACACCAGAAUGAAGAUUGCUCUUGACGCUGCAAGAGGACUUUCGUACCUACAUGAAGACUCACAACCAUGUGCACCUGAAGGCGGAGCAAAUUAUUUGUCUACCCGUGUCAUGGGCACAUUUGGGUACGUAGCUCCCGAGUAUGCCAUGACCGGACACCUGCUUGUUAAAAGUGAUGUGUAUAGCUAUGGAGUUGUCUUGCUAGAACUCCUCACUGGAAGGAAACCUGUGGAUAUGUCACAGCCAUCCGGACAAGAGAACCUUGUUACCUGGGCCAGACCCAUCCUUAGAGAUAAGGACCGGUUGGAUGAGAUCGCUGACCCGAAGCUCGGGGGAAAUUAUCCAAACGAAGAUUUUGUACGCGUGUGCACGAUUGCAGCAGCAUGUGUUGCUCCUGAAGCAAACCAACGACCGACAAUGGGUGAAGUGGUACAGUCACUUAAAAUGGUGCAGCGAAUCACAGAAUACCAUGAUUCAGUGCUAGCCUCAUCCAAUACACAGACCAAUCUGAGACAGUCCUCUAGCACAUUUGAGUUUGACGGAGCGUCAUCAGUGUUCUCUUCAGGCCCUUACUCUGGUCUAAGUGCCGCCUUUGACAAUGACAACAUUUCUAGGACAGUGGUUUUCUCCGAGGAUCUUCAUGAAGGUCGAUGA